AUGGGCCGUAAACCAAGCAACAAGACAAGGGCCGACUUCACAUCAGCAGAAAGGCAGUGGGUGCACGAUAGGUGGGGUGUCAAGAAGGCGAGAAUAGGCGGGGAGAGCUUGAAGAGCUUCGAUCAAUGCAACCUCUGCCUCGAUGAGGUGCGCAGCCCCAUGGCAUGCAAAGAGGGCCACAUCUUCUGCAAGGAAUGCGUCCUCACAUCUAUCCUCGAACAAAAGUCUAGCAUCGCAGCAACCAAGGCCAGCCUGGCUAAGCUGGCUGCGCAGCAGGAGGAGGAGAGAGAACAGGCCAGAGAGAAAGCCAGGAGGAAGGUCUUGGAAGACUUUGAGAGGGGCAUCGGUUUCGGCCAUCUCAUUGAUGACAGGAGGAAGACAGGCGCUGAGGACAAUGCAGUGGCAGGUCCUUCAUCCACAGCCGCCGGCUUCAAGAGGAAGGAGACCACCUCUUCCAGCCCCGACCUCUCCUCCUCGACCUCUUCCCUUUCUAGAAUCCCUGCCAAAGCUCAGUCCCUCGCAGCCGCCGCAGAGCAACGCGCCCUGUCCGAGCUCGAGGAGGCACAACGCUCUUCACGCAAGUCCAAGCUCCCGUCCUUCUGGCUCCCCUCUCUGAUGCCCAGCGAGCGCGAAGGUGACGUCGACUUGCGGGCGGUCAGCGAGGAGAUGGGCGUACGAUGUCGCGUAGGAAACGAGCGUGGUCACCCCUUGACGAUCAAGGGACUCGUGGAAGUCAAAUUCGCAGAGGCUGCUGGGGGCGGCGAUGAUGCAGGAAAGGCAAAGGCGUGCCCCACCUGCUCAAAGCAGCUUAGCAACAACACCAAGCUCCUCCUCAUGCGUUCUUGCUGCGGGACGGUCAUGUGCGGGCGAUGCUUUGAGCAGCUGGUGGAAAAGCCGGCGAAGAAGGAGGGCAAAGAGAGCGGGGAGUGUCCGGCGUGUAUGGGGAAGCUCAAGGAUAUCAAGAAGGAUGUGGUGGCAUUGCAGAGAGAGGGGACGGGCUUUGCUGGUGGCGGUGGGACUUCUGAAGUGACAAAGAAGGGUUCGAGUAGCUUUCAGGGCUGAAGUCGAGAUCAGGUCAAGCAUUUCUGCCUUUCCUGCUCGUACCAGUGUGCGGGGAACACUUGAAGUCCAGCCCUGGCCAUCGGUGUCUGCCAAUCAAGU